CACACACACACACACACAGGCCACUUAUAUCCCCCGGUGCACACGCGGCUGCCAGCUCAGUCGGUCCGUUCACACAUACGAGUUAACGUACGCCCCCCGCGCCGCUCCGUCCUAUCUCUCCAGUAAGUCAGUCACAGCCGCCAUCAUGUCCAGCACCACCACCACCACCAAGACCACAAAAUCCCUGAGCGUGGUGAAACGCGAGUCCUUCUUCGACGACUCCUUCUUCACCGACGCUUGGGAUGACUUCGACAAGGCCAUGCAGGGCGUCCUCGACAAGUUCGACGACACGGGCCUCAAGGUGGACGUUGGCUCCCGCAACCACUGCCGCGAUGUCUACACCAAGAUUCGCAGCAGCAAGAUCGAUGAGGACCUGUACGCUUCCCAGGCCCUGCAGAUCACGGAGAAGGACGGCAAGUUCCAGGCUGUGAUGGACGUGAAGGACUUCUCCCCCAACGACCUGCAAGUGCGUGUGGUUGAGGACCGCGUCGUGGUGGAGGGCAAGUAUCACAAGCAAUCCGAGGACGGCUCUUCCGUGUCGUCCAAGUCCUUCUACAAAGAGUUCACGCUGCCCAACGGUGCCGACAUCGACUCCGUCAGCACCGCUCUCUCCAAGGACGGCGUGCUGACCGUCCGCGCCCCCAAGAGGGAGGGCGGCGCCCAGCCCGCCGGCGCCCUCACCUCCAACCAGUCCUCCGUGCAGCAGCAGCAGUCCUCGUCGGUGCAGCAGUCGUCCAACUCCUCCGUCCAGCAAUCCUCAAGCUCUGUGAAGAAGGUCAGUCAGUCCGUCAGUCAAUCCGUCAGUCAGUCAGUCACCCAAUCAGUCAGCAGCGUCAAAAAGGUCUCCAUGUCGUCCUCCUCCACCUUCUCCUCCACCUCGUCCUCAAACUUCUCCUCCAACGUCGACUCCUCCUUCGGCGACAUGGCUAAGGAUAUGCAGGAUCGCCUCGUCUUCUCCCACGACAAUGUCAACCUCAAGCUGCCGGGCGGGGGGAGCAAGUGAGCGGGGUGACCACCAAGGCGUUAUCCUCCCCACCACGGAUCUCUCCACCAAGGAUACUCGUGAAAAAAAAACUCAAAUACUCUUAUGUUACGUCUUAAGGAUAAAAAUGUGUGCGGGGAGGAAUUUUGAUCUCCCCAUAUCAAAAACUGAGUGUGAGGAGACAAAUAUAUUAUCUCCCCAUAUCAAAAAUCUUUCUUGAUAUACGUCAGAAGGUGAAUUAAUUGUGGGGGGAGAAUUUUUUUUUAUCCCCAGCAAAAAUCUCUGAUAUACGUUUUAAGGGAUAUUGCGUAUGGGGAGCCAAAUAUUUUAUCUCCCCAUAUCAAAAAUCUUUAAUAUACGUCUUUAGGGGAGAGAUUUUUUUUAUCUCCCCAUCAAAAGUCUCUCUUGAUAUAGGUCUUAAGGGUAGUAUAUUGCGUGUUGGGAGACAAAUUUAUUAUCUCCCCAUCAAAAAUCUUUCUUGAUAUGCGUCUUAAGGGAAAUAAAUUGUGUGGGGAGAAUUUUUUUUAUCUCCCCAUCAAAAGUCUUUCUUGAUAUGCGUCCGAAGGGAAAUAAAUUGUGGGGAGAAUUUUUUUUAUCUCCCCAUCAAAAGUCUUUCUUGAUAUAUGUCUUAAGGGAAGCAAAUUGCGUGGGGGGGAGAAAUUUAUUAGCUCCCCAUCAAAAGUCUCUCUUGAUAUAGGUCUUAAGGGAAAUAAGUUGAGUAUGGGGAGACAUCUUAUUUAUCUCUCCAUCAAAAAUCUCUCGAUAUGUCUUAAGGGAAAUGAGUACGGGGAGACAUCUUUAUCUCCCCAUUAAAAAACUCUAUAUACGUUUUAAGGGAAAUUGCGUAUGGGGAGCCAAAUAUUUUAUCUCCAUCAAAAAUCUGUUGAUAUGAGUCUUAAGGGAAAUAAAUUGGUUAUGGGGAGACAAAUUGAUCUUCUCCAUCAAAAAUAUCUCCAAGAAUAUAUAAAAAAUUACAAUCUUGUCAUACGCUUUAAAAAAAAAUUGUGUAUGAUGCUAAUACCAUACACUUCUUUAAUAAUUGGGGAAAUAAUUUUUUUCAUCUCCCACAAAAAUAUCUCCAUUCGUCAACAAAUACUCUUAUGAUACGACUUAGGGAAAAAAGUGUGUAUGAUUCUACUUUCUUAUUUAGGUACGAAAAAAUAAAUAUGUAAUCUUUAGUUAAAUAUUCUCACAUUUACAGUUAAGCAAGAAAUUCCACCAUGUGUCAUACCCCGCUCAUUUUAUUACCAAUCAAUUUAUGUAUUUCUCCCGACCUUAAUUUUUCGUUUAUUACCCAUUUAUUUCUGUAUUCCUUUGGACCUAAACCGCAUUCAAUUCCCACAUAACUAUCAUUGUUAAAUCCAUAAAUUUCCCCUGACCUUACUUUUCUUUGAUUACCCAUUUAUUUCUGUAUUCCUUUGGACCUAAACCGCAUUAAAUUCUCACAUUACUAUCAUUGUUUAACCCAUACAUACACCCACCCACCCACGCCCAUACACUCACACCCAUCCCAUUGAUUAUACAGCUUCGGUUUAACACCAUUUCCCACCCACUGCUCUUAAACGUGUCCUCCUCAUACUCCAACAUACACCUCCCACUACACCCAGCCACAUGUCCAGUCCCUCAUGCUAAAACAACCACAUCCCUGUCACAGCCUACCAGCACCAGCAUCACCGCAUCAGACCCCCACUCUCUUCCUCUCCACCACAUAACCACCACCACCACAUAACCACCAACACUACCAUUUUCGCCCUUUCCACCUCCACCACACAAGCGGUCACACUCCACCACCACUCUUACCCACUCCACCACAUAGUUAGCCACACCUUACCCCACCCCACCCCCACCACCAUCACAACACCUGGCCCUCUCUCUCCUUCCCCAAAACCUUAACCAAUGCCUUCACCCGCCCACAUGCGCCAUCUAAGGUGUGGGAAUCGCUGUGGAAUAUAUGUGGAACUCGCACUGAACAAGAUGCUUUGAGGUGUUAAGAUAGGGUGAGGAGGAGGAGGAGGAGGAGGGAGGGAAGGAAAAGUGGUUUUUAUCGUAACACAAAGACAAAGAAAUAAAUUACUGUUUGAUACAUAUUUGAUGAUUAAAAGGUGACUGAAUUUA